GAUAGUGGUUUCCGACCAGAGUUAUCAAUGAGGUUAGUAUGCACGUCUCCUCGCUGGAUCAAUAUCCUCACAACUGCCUCAUAUCCUCGCUCGGCCGCCCAAGGUAAUGGUGUCUGGUUAGCGCAAUCCGGAAAGUCCACCUCAACGUCGUGUCGCGCUAGGAGGAGCUUUACCACCUCUUCAAAUCCAUUACCAGCAGCGUGA